AUGAAAACGCUGUCAGAAGAACGAACGAAACUUGUAUUUGAAAAGCUUUGCAAAUACAUUGGUGAAAACCUGAAGCUCCUUUUGGAUAGGCCUGAUGGAAAGUAUUGCUUCAGAGAACAAAAAGAUAGAGUUUAUUAUGUAUCUGAAAGUGUGUUGAAAUUAGCUGGAAAUGUUUCUGCUGAUAAUUUAAUAAGUGUUGGUACUUGCGUCGGAAAAUUCACUAAAAGUGGUAAAUUCCAUUUACAUAUAACAGCGCUCAACUAUCUAGCUCCUUAUGCUCAGCAUAAAAUUUGGGUGAAGCCUGCUGCUGAACAGCAGUUUCUCUAUGGACAUAAUGUUUUAAAAUCAGGUCUCGGUAGGAUUACUGAAAACACUGAAAAACACCAAGGAGUUGUAGUGUUUUCUAUGAGUGAUCUGCCUUUGGGUUUUGGCCUAGCCGGAAGGAGCACUGCGGAAUGCAAACAUGCUGACCCCUUAGCUAUUGUUUGCUUGCAUCAAGCAGAUAUAGGUGAAUAUAUUCGGUCUGAAGACACACUUGUAUAA